GUCAUCCACUUUGUCAUUGAAAGCAGAAUCGCAGCGCAGUGAUUUGGAAGUCGGAGUGCAAAAGUAAUUUUCUCCUAAUUAUCUCGUUCGUUCUUGGUGAAAUCGUAGUUCCCUUUCGAAACCGAAGCUCUCCAAACUUGGCGGAAGUGCAAUGGCCAGUCAAACCCAAGGAAUCCAGCAGCUGCUGGCCGCGGAAAAGCGGGCUGCCGAAAAAGUGGGUGAAGCACGGAAAAGGAAACAGCGUCGUCUGAAGCAAGCUAAGGAGGAAGCCCAGGAGGAAAUCGAACGAUACAGGCAGGAACGGGAGAGGCAAUUUAAAGAGUUCGAGGCGAAGCACAUGGGCAGCCGCGAGGGUGUCGCCGCCAAGAUCGAUGCUGAUACCGUAUUGAAGAUUGAAGAAAUGAACCGUUCAAUCUCCACAAACAAGGCAGCACUCAUCAACGAGAUUCUCAAGUUGGUGUAUGAUAUUAAACCGCAGUUGCACAAAAAUUACGAAUACAUGGUCAAGAAGUAAAACCGUGUCUCAACGCUACGCUGCAGUACUUUUAGGCGAGUAUAAACCUGUGUAGAAAUGUACCGUUUACUGGCCAACACACAAUAUAGUUAAAGAUGGAAAAACGCAAAUUUUUAGGUCUAUUCGUACCCACCCAAUCCAUGUAAAAGUUCUGUUAUCUACACAAAAAAGUGGUGUAAAUAAUUAUUUCCAGAUCCGAAGUAAAGUAGCAGUAGCAAUUUUUUUUUUGUUUGUUUUCGUUAUUGUAUUGAGUUAAAUUAGUAUAUUCUCCACUAAGUAUUACCCAAGUAACUAUUGCUCUUUGCAAACUGCUGGUCUACAUGAUUCACGUCGAAUGAAAAUUGGUAUUCUUAAAAAUGGUUUAUUUGGCUGUAGCACCUAUCUAUUCGUCACAGGAAAAAAAGACAUGACAAUAUUGCCUGUUAUUAUCUACUAAAAACUAUUGCUCUCACAUAACUGCGAAGUUAGAUCUAAUUGGUGUGUGAUAAAACAAAAAAAAUACAAUAGAAAAAUGCCGUAAUUUGAAUGAGUGAAUCUCCUCAUCACAUGUUUAGAUGUUCCCAGACAACUGCUUCUCCACUUCAUAUUAGUGUCAGCUACCUACUUAUAGCCCAAGUGGCUCAACUUACUAAAAGUGUAAACGAUGGCCAUUCGCGUAUGGUAGCGAUUGUGAAGAACAAUGUAGCUAUUCGGUAACAGAACGUCAGAAAAAAAUACAGCCAUGUUAAGUACGAAAAUUUAUCGGAGAAUUAUAUCGUUAACGGAUAA